UGUAAACUGGUGGCCAUUUUGUUACAUUUCUUCUUCCUGUCUGCGUUUACGUGGAUGUUGGUGGAAGGAUUAUCUCUCUAUGUUACAUGUACACGUGGUAUUGGUAACUAUAGCAACAAUAAAGUACGCUAUCUAUUAAUAGGCUGGGGAUUACCCAUAGUGAUUGUGCUGAUAUCGUUUGGCUCUGAAUUCCAGAACUAUGGGAAUGGUCCUGGUGAUAGUUGUUGGCUGUCUUUGGAACAUGGUUUGAUUUGGGCUUUCAUGGGACCAAUGUUGUUAAUAGUCUUUUUUAAUCUGAUUAUUCUGGGUUUGAUUCUGAAAGUUUUCUUGACCUUGAAAACAAACAAACAGAAAACAGAGGCUGCUAGAGUCAGUCUACGAGCUAUGGUAAUGUUAUUGCCUCUACUAGGAAUGACCUGGAUAUUAAGUCUACUAGUUCCGUUGUCAAUUUGGUUUCGAUAUAUGUUUGUUAUUGGGAACUCUCUACAGGGAAUGUUGAUAUUUUUUCUCCAUUGUUUAUGUAAUGAAGAUGUAAGGAAUGGUGUUGCUAGGAGACGAGCGUCUGGAUUCCGAACCACUGAUACUGAUCUUAGUAUUGUAGGACGACGUAAAUCUCUGGUAAGAAAUACACAACUUUGUGAGGUUUUAUAA